GUGCGGCAGAGCAGCGCCAGCGCAGACGAGUACAAUGUCACUGGAGAGAUGUCAAAGUGAAUGGACAGAAAUAGAUCAAGAAUAUCAGCAAUUACAGGAAGCGCACAAAGUCUACAAACAGAAGCUGGAGGAGCUGACGAACCUGCAGGCGAUAUGCAGCAGUGCCAUAAGCAAGCAAAGAAAAGGCCUCAAAGACCUCAAGAAUAGUCUUCAUAAAUGUACGAAAACUUGCAAUGAAAAAGAAACAGAGGUGAUAAAUGACCUGAAGGUUCAAAUUAAAGAAAGGCAAAAUGUCUUUUUUGACAUGGAGUCCUACUUGCCAAAGAAAAACGGAUUGUACUUAAAUUUGGUCCUUGGAAAUGUGAAUGUCACACUCCUCAGCAACCAAGCCAAGUUUGCAUACAAAGAUGAAUACGAGAAGUUCAAACUUUAUAUGACUAUAAUACUAAUGUUUGGUGCUGUCACCUGCCUCUUCCUUUUCAACUACCGGGUUACAGAUGAAAUCUUCAACUUUUUAUUGGUGUGGUAUUAUUGCACGUUGACAAUAAGAGAGAGUAUCCUCAUGAGCAAUGGGUCACGAAUUAAAGGCUGGUGGGUGUCACAUCACUACGUGUCAACCUUUUUAUCAGGUGUUAUGUUGACAUGGCCAGAAGGUCCAAUGUAUCAGAUGUUCAGAAGUCAGUUCCUGGCUUUCUCCAUCUAUCAGAGUUGUGUGCAGUUUCUUCAGUAUUAUUAUCAGAGCGGCUGCUUGUAUCGGUUACGGGCUCUGGGGGAGAGAAACCAGCUGGACCUGACAGUGGAGGGCUUUCAAUCAUGGAUGUGGAGGGGGCUUACAUUCCUUCUUCCGUUUCUAUUCUUUGGCCACUUUUGGCAGCUGUACAAUGCUGUGACUCUUUUUAAGCUGUCCUCCCGUGAUGACUGCAAGGAAUGGCAGGUGUUCAUGUUGGCCUUGACAUUUCUCGUCCUGUUCUUGGGAAAUUUCCUCACGACUUUAAAAGUGGUCCACCAGAAGCUCCAGAAAAACAAAGGAAAGGUCAAAAAUAACUGAUGAGACGCCAGCUGGAAGAUUUCAUACACCUCAUGGCCAGUGAGGAACUCACAGAACUCAAUUUCAAAGCGCACAAAACUGUUUCGUUUAUAGGAGUCGCAUCCCACAAUCUGUUUGGAGAGGGUUGAAAUAGAUGUUGACGUCUCCUCAAACUUGUUUCAACAGCAGCUGUGAAAAUCAAGAUUUCGUGUCACGUUGCCCUAUCAUCUGCAAAGUUGUUUUUGCUCUUAUUUAUGCAAUCACAGCAGAUAGAGGGUAACAUUUGGGUUAGAAACCACUGACAACCUUCAGACACUGUAUACUCAAUAAGCAAAGAGACUUCAAUUCACUUGUUUUGUUCCUGUGCAUGGAUAUGUUUACAAUAAGCCACAUUUAAAUUUUAUGCAACGCAGCAGGAUGGCUGUAGAACUGCAGAUGCUCAGUUCACUACUCAAAGGGAUUUGUUAUAAUUUUUUAAGAAGCUGGAUAGUGAUUAAAGAACUUGUUCUCAAGGCAUAUUAGCUGAAGCAUAUGUUACAUAUGUGUGAGAAAGCAUUGCAACAAUGCAACUCUAAGGGAAAGGCGUGUUUUGCACGUCGUGGCUUGUCAGUACAGUGAUUGAGCAAGGCCAAAUUCUUGAAUUAAAGGAGUAGUUCAUCCAAAAAUGAAAUUUUAUUUUAAAUUUGCUCACCCACAGACCAUCCCAAGAUGUAGAUGAGUGUUUCUUCAGAACAGAUUUGGAGUAAUUUCACUUUACAUCACUUGCAAACCAAUGGAUCCUCUGCCGUCAAUGGGUGCCGUCAGAUUGAGAGUCCAAACUGCUGAUUAAAACAUUCACAAUAAUCCACAAGCACAUUAAUCCACAAUGCUCCAGUCCAUUAAUUAUCCAUAAUAUUGCUUUCUGUAGAAAAAGUUGCUUCGUCGGAAUCAGGACAUAAAUAUGCACAGAUCAAACAAUGUUUACAAGUGAAAACAAUCCGAAUCCUGGAUGGACUUUUUACUGCAGGAAGGAAGUUUUAUUUUGGGCUUGUAUUUUGACCGGAAGAGACCAUUUAAAGUUAAAACAUCUUAAUGAUGUUUCUUACAAUCAUGCAGCUUUUUGCUUUACAAGACUUUAAGUGGUGGACUGAAGUUAUGGAUUACUUGUGGGUUUUUGUGGUGUUUUUAUCAACUGUUCGGACUCUCAAUCUGACGGCACCCAUUCAAUGCAGAGGAUCAAAUGGUGUGUAAUAAAGCUAAAUUUCUCCAAAUCCGUUUCGACGAAAUGACAAACUCAAAUACAUCUUCAUUUUUGGGGUCACGUGACAUUCCCCGACACCUUGAAAACGUGGAUUUGUAUUUUUAUUGAUGGCAAUAAAGCUCCGAUAACAAUUAAAAUAGUACAUUAAGAGCAUACCUUUUCUCUUGCCUUGUUAUUUUCACAUGUUUGUAGUUGUAUAUAUUUAAAGGCAUAGAUGUGUAACUGCAAGUCUGAAUAACAAAUGCUGAACUAUAUCUUGCAUAAUGUGAAUGAAUGCUGUUAUAAUACAUCUACUGUAACAGGAGGAACCAGUGUGUGUUUCUGCAUUGCUUUGAAUGUCAAAGAAAAAAAACACGUUGUUUUGUUUGUUAAAGCAAAGUUUUUCUUGGUUUACCAUCGGGGAGUUUGCACUCGAGACCUUUUUCCUAUGUGAUAUUACAGAGGCAGGUCAUUACAGAAGUUGCAUUUGGUUACAGAACGAUUUGUUUGCCUUAAUGCUCUCCUUUGCCUGUUCACACCUGGUUAAGUUUAACAUAGUACCCAAGUGUUACAAGUUUGGAUUUUUUUAAUGGGCUUCGUGAACUGUACUUGAAGCAAAAAGCUGUAAUUCAAAGUAUUUCUCAUGUUGGGAAAUGCUUUAUUGUACAAUUAACUACUGCGUAAAUCCUGCGUCACAGUUUUCACAAUUCACUAUGUGAUUUUGUCAUCGUUUUGUGUUGAACAAAAUAACUGCACUUUUUGCUUGAACGUAAAAUAAGCCUUCGGACUUGAGAAAAGGGAGGUUUCCAAAGGGACGAUUAGAUAUUAAGCUGGAUUUCUAUUCACCUUCUGUUGCUAGUAUAGAGCAAAUAAAUUCAAUCUGAUG